CGUUUUUUUAUUGUAUUUAAUUGUUAUGCAUUGCAUUCAAGCAUUGCAUUUAUCUUCCUUAAUUUAUUUUGUUCAAAUUAUUUGACUUUUCAAGGACAUUCGUAGCAGGAUUAUUCGACCCACUAAAACUAAAACGUCAAUUUUUCAGUGUUUUCAAUUUUACUGUAAUGAAGGGAAAUAUAUAAAUGUUUAUUGUCUGUCCGUGUUUUACCAUUGUUGUGAUGCGGAAUGGUUUACGUGUUGAAUGUUUGGAUAGUUUCCCCUCUUCUUCGACGAUCCAUUGCAGUGGUGACCAGUGUUCAUACAAGAACAUUCUUCAAGCAAAACCUUACGGUUUUACGAUCUAAAUUACAAUCAACAAACCUCAGAGAUGAAGAAACGAUAAAAAAAUUGAGGCAGCACUUCGGCUUGUCAUCGAAAGCUAAGCUAGGUAUUGGGUGGAGCAUAUUUAUUGGAUGUGUGGUGUUUGUGGUGCACACAGUCAUAUCCCUUGAUGAUCGGCUACAAACAACUCACAGUGCACAUGAGGCUGACAGGCAGACACGCUUCAUCUACCCGGAUAAACCUCCCAUACUCACCUUAGAAGAUGUCUUUCCUGACACAUUCAGAGGCAAACUGAAGUACAAGUAUGAGAAGUUGUCAAGAAAAGUGUUACCAUGGGUGAAUUCAAAGUCACGUGACCCAGCCAUAUUGCUGAACUUAGCAGAGUCAUCAGAUCCGAGUACUCGGCGCCGAGGUCUCACCAGUCUUACUGCCGAUAAUGAUUGGGAUGACCACCAGUUCCGGAAGGUUUCACAGGCGUGUUCCCAACGUACACAGGUUAGUUUAGCCAGGAUUCGUGAGGCCGACCAGCGACUGUUUAGGCCCAUGCCUUGGAGUCAUGCAGUCAAGGGCAGUAUAGAGGAUGAGUUACGUGGCCUGUUAGCCCAGCUCAAAGAGGAGACCACUGAUCCUGUCCUACGACAGUUUACGGCACAACGCCUGCCUGACACAAAACAGAAAAAUAUUGUAGAGUCUGGUCCCUGGUGUUUUGGGGGUACUGCCCUGGAGAACAUCCGCUCAGUGAGUGACGAGAGUGUGGGACAGGUGGAACUGGUUUUUCUAGAGGCUCUUGCAAGGUUUAGUCAGGUAAGGGAACAGCAUGUUCAGAUGUUAGAGGCUGGAAUUCUCCCUCUGCUACAGCGGGUGUUACUGGAGCUGAAUGGGGUAGGGGAAGUCAGAUCCCUGGUUGCCCGUAUUCUUGCAAAUCUUGCAAUGAGCCCUGCGCUACGUUCACAUAUCAUCACUGGAGGAUGGGCAGGAGUUUUACACAAGUGGCUGUUUUCCCGUGAACCUUCCCUUUUCUUCUACUCUGCACAAGCCCUAGCCAACCUAGAUGGAGAUAUAGAUACAGAUCUCAGAAUUCCCGGUGUGUUUGAGGAUGGGGUGUAUCCAGGAUACCCUAUCUUUAGAUCCAGGCAAAGGAGCCCUAGGGUGGAGGUUGAUAUUGUCUUUAUCCAUGGGCUUCUGGGUGGUCCUUUCAAGACCUGGAGACAGGAGGAUCGCCGAGACACAGAGCCCAACUUUGUCAUGACUGAGGAGUUCAAACAAAGCCAUACCUUCUUCUGGCCCAAGGACUGGUUAGGCCAUGAUCUAAAGGAAGCCCGCAUUCUGAAUGUGGGAUAUGACACAGAAUUGACCACAUGGAACCGUAAGCACCCUAUAGAAGACAGCAAACGUACCCUGUCAAGCAGAAGUGCAUCAUUUUUGGAGAAGUUAAGGCUGGCUGAUGUUGGUUCAAGGCCUGUUAUCUGGGUUGGACACUCCAUGGGAGGCUUAUUGAUCAAAGACAUGUUGAGGAAGGCAGAGACAGAUCCCCAGUAUCACACCCUGCUGGACAACACAAUCGGCAUUCUCAACUACAGCGUUCCACACCAAGGGUCUAGCCUCCCACGAUACACUAAACAAUAUGGCCUCAAGUACGCAAUAUCUCCAUCAGUGGAGGUCCAGGAACUUGAUGAAGACAAUCCAAGCUUAAAGAGCUUACAGAAGAGCUUCCAGGACCUGGUCAACUCACGUCAUAUUCCGGUGCUGAGUUUUGGGGAAACAGUGAAGACUCGAACGGUUCUCAAUAUGGUGUUGCACAUAGUACCUCCUGAAUCUGCUGAUCCUGGUGUGGGAGAAUUUGAGCUAUUCCCGAGUGACCACAUCAACAUAUGUAAGCCGCGGGACCGCAACAGCCCACUCUACAUCCAGUCGUACCGAUUCAUCCUUGCCUGUAUCCACCAGCAUCGGGCUAGGGACAAGAAACGUCGCAUACGUAGGGAAGUUACAUCUUGAUGUUAGGAAAAUGUUAUUUUGACGUUAUAACGCAACGCAUUCCGUUUUAAUCAGUGUAUCAUUCACUGCAUCUGGGCGAAACUACUACCAAUGGUGCAUCCAGUCUGCACCCAUCAUCGAUAGAGAAACAGCUUUACAUACGUCGGGAAAUAACAUCUUGAUUUUAAAAGGAUCGCUUUGUGUUUCGGAAAAUAAUGUCUUUUAGUGCAUCGGGAACGAACGUCUUUUUAACGGAUCACUUAGUGCAUCGGGAAAAAACAUAUUUUUUUAGGAGGAUCAUUCAUUGACUGCAUGUAAAACAAUUUCGUUAAGUUCAUUUCACUCGACCAUGCAUCAAUGGGCACAAUGUCGGGAGGUGGCAUCUUAAUUGUUUUAUGUUUAGGGGAUAUUGUUUUAUCCUUUAUCUUUUCCGUUGCCUUCAUUUCAGACUUUUAAAUUCAUAAAGAAGAAAAUGUCUGAAUUGUAUUGACCAUUCCACAACGAGAUGGUAGUUUCAUUUCAUAGAUACAAAACGUAGAAAAAUAACGUCUUGAUAUAGGAGACUAUUUUCUAGACUAGAUAAAGAUACAAUUGUACUUGACACGAUUUCGACCAUUGACAACAAGGUUGGACGCCUUGUAUGCGCACGUGUCCUAAACCUGGAGAUGCUCCAAGGGUAUUGUCAUAUUGUAUCCAGGGACAUAAAAAAUCGCAUUGUCUAGAAAUGAAUUACUCUGGAGACUCUUUUACGUAUUAGACGUGUACAUUUUCAAAUGAUUUUGGGUGUUCUUAAAAGGGGAGGAGGUGUCGAAGUAAUUGUGACUGAUUUUUUGGUGUUUUUAUAAGCAUAUCAUUUUCAUUUUUAUCAGUUUAUUAUUUUAAUAAAUCCCAGGGGACCUUGUUAUUUGCGUCAAGAUAAAUAUUUGUCGGGAUAAUUGUUUGAUGUUGAGUUGUAUAUUUCUAUCAUUAUGUUAAUGAUGCAGUUUAUGUUAACGCAUGUCAGUGUGUUUAAAUAAAUGUUUGAAAAGCAUA